UCCUUUCACUACCAUCUUCACGGGAUGCAUCUUCAACAUUAGUCUUCGUUCUUCACCAGUCGAUGACGAACCGAAAUGCAGUCCGUUACUGUUUUGUUGCUUCUAGGGAUUCUGGCAAGAUGGUCUUGCGAAGGAGUUUUCCUGAACCAUGAGCCUUUCCCCACGUACAGCUUGGAGGACAUGCCAGAGACCCAGUUUAGCUGCAGGGAGAAAAUCUUGGGCGGUUAUUAUGCGGACCCGGAUGCCCAAUGCCAGAUGUUCCAUGUUUGCGUUAAAGUCGCAGGAAUCGGGGUGCAAGAUUUCCGCUUCCUUUGUCCAAAUGGAACGGCUUUCGAUCAGGAUCAUCAGAUUUGCGCUGAUUGGGAGGAUGUAGAUUGUGAUGCCACCACCUUAUACUAUUCCAGUGACAACUUUGAUUUGUAUCGCGUUGGAUCAGGAUUCGAGAGCAAAGCACACAAAUACGGCGAAGAUGAAGAAACGUUCGCUCUUCAAAGGGCCGAGACUGGAGAUGCGCGCAUUAACCGGGAGCCUCAAAGUCAAGUGGUGAACCAGCAGAAGGACUAUCAAAGGCCACAGGCUAGGAGGCCUUUGAACAACAAUAAUAAUAAUAAUGCUGAGAAGGAUAUCUUCAGGACGUCCAGUUCGUCUAACUUCUUCAAUAACCGCAACAAUGGCAAAGAGACUGAUGAAGACUACGAUGAUAACGUCAAUGUAAACCAGGACAGGGACUUUGAGCAGAAGAGGAAGAUAGUUAGGAAGCAGCAACGCAGGCCCGUGCAGCAGCAAACAACCAAGCAGCCAGAGCAGGAGCAGCAGCAGCUCCAGACUCGUCGCCCCCAAAGACCUACAGGGUUUGCGAACAACUUUGCUGGAAGCAGUUAUAAUCCGACCACGCAGCGUGCGACUUCUACUCCUAACAAUGAGCAGAGCUCAGCUACAUUUAGAUCCAGACAGAGGCAACGAGUCAGCAACCAGACUCCAAGUUACACCGUCAGCACUCCAGCUCCAUUCAGAUCCAGCGCCAACCACCAAUUCUCCACUAGCUCAACUGAGAACUAUCCCCAGCCUAGAGCUACAAAUGCCCCAGUGAGCUUCAACACCAACUACGAUGUCCCAAGGGUUCCCAAGCAGCAGACCCAGAACUAUCCUUCAUCUAGCGCUACUUUCGAUGCUAAUUACGAUGUUCCUAAAGUCGCCAAGCAGGAAAAUUAUGCUUCCCGAUCCACUAGUGCUCCGGUGAGCUUCAACAGCCCGAAAGCCACAAAGCAGCAAACUGAGAACUACCCUUCGAACAAUCCUCAAUACUCCAGAACAACCACUCCGUUAGCCAACUCUCAAUAUAGCACAGCUUUCGAUAAGAAGUCCACCAGUCCUAAGAAGGCGGAGACAUACAAACCCACAACAUUUUCGCCCAAAGCCAAGCCUUUUAGUGUGCCUGCUACCAACACUGGCUUCCCUACAACUUUCGCGCCUAGAACCCAGCAAGCCUACACUCAGAUCGCCCAGCAGACGCAGAAAGCCUCCAGCAAUUUCGCUCAGCAGCAGUUCAGCAACCCCAGCACCACUCAAAGAUCCACAACGUUCACCCCAUACACUCCCACUGUUCCCAAGAUCUCCUCCACCACUGCUGUGCCCAGAUCGAACCGAUAUGACGAGACUCAGUACGAUGAUGGUUCGUAUGAUGCAAAGUACGACAACAGUGGGGCAAAUGAGGAAGAAUUCCUGAAGACUGCACAUAGCCAGAAUAUUGCAAGCAGCAGGAACGAGUUGGCCAGAGCUCAGAAGCAGCAGCCUACCACUACCACUCAGAAACCCUAUGAGCCGUCCAGGACCUACAGCACUCAGAGGGAGACUCAGAACUAUCCCAAAUCGACCCAGCCAGCUUCGACGAGAAGCACCCAAGUCACUCAAAGGCCAGUGCAGCAGGCGAAGCCUCAACCCAGCCCGAAGAAGGUGAAGGAUGUGAGCUACGAUUAUGCCUACUAUGAUAGUCUUGGUCCUGAGCCGGACUAUCAGAUAGACACGGAGAUCAAGAAGUCGUCGAAAAACUAAGUUAGCCAACUAAGUUAUUUAUAGUCUGUUUUAUUGAUUAAGUAUUAUGUAAAAUUAAAUGAGACACAGUGUUAGAAGGUGAGAAAGUAAAUGAUGAUUUUAAGAUGUAAGGUUGUACAUAUUUUUUUGAGGAAUAAAAUGCUGUUUUUUAUUGA